GCAACUGCACUCCACAAGUAGUUGAUUGUGCAAUGGCUAUGAAAUUAAUGUUGUUGAUUUUCUCUCUUUUCUACUCAAUUCUCCCCUUUCUAGUUCUUGUUAGCCCCGUCGACAUCGAAUAUCAGGCCAUAUUCAACUUCGGCGACUCGAAUUCCGAUACUGGCGGGCUGAUCGCCGGCCUUGGCGGUCACCUUUACCCACCUAAUGGACAGACAUACUUCCACAAGCCAUCUGGCCGGUUUUCUGAUGGCCGUCUGAUCAUUGAUUUUCUUAUGCGUGCAAUGAAUUUGCCAUUUCUCAACUCGUAUUUGGACUCUGUUGGUGCUCCGGAAUUUCGCAGAGGUUGUAAUUUUGCAGUAGCAGGAUCUACCAUACUCCCGUCAACUGCUGUGUCGAUCAGUCCAUUUUCUUUUGGGAUUCAAGUGGCCCAGUUUUUCCGUUUCAAAGCCCGCGUUCUUGAAUUGUUAGGUGGAAAGACCGAUAAAUUCCUUCCUCAAGAAGAUUAUUUCAAGUUGGGGCUGUACAUGUUUGAUAUAGGUCAGAAUGAUCUUGCCGGCGCAUUUUAUUCCAAAUCAGAGGACCAAGUACUUGCUUCGAUUCCAACCAUUUUGUUAGAAUUUGAGGCGGGAGUUAGGAAAUUGUAUGACCAAGGUGCAAGGAGGUUUUGGAUUCAUAACACAGGUCCCCUUGGAUGCUUGCCUCAAAAUAUUGCCAAGUUUGGGGGAAAUCCUUCAAAGCUUGAUGAGCUCGGAUGCGUGAGCUCACACAAUCGUGCUUCAAAGGUCUUCAAUUUGCAGCUUUAUGCUCUCUGUAGAAAGUUGCAGGGAGAAUUCAUAGAUGCAAACAUCACUUACGUCGACGUGUUUUCAAUAAAAUUCAGCCUCAUUGCAAAUUUUUCGAGAAAUGGAUUCAAACAUCCCACAACAGCUUGCUGUGGAUAUGGCGGCCCACCACUAAACUAUGAUGCUCGGAUCUUUUGUGGGCAGACAAAGAAUUUGAAUGGGAGCUCAGUGAUGGCAGAAGGCUGUGACAAUGCUAAUGACUAUAUUAAUUGGGACGGAAUCCAUUACACAGAGGCGGCAAAUCUUUAUGUGUCGCAGCAAAUACUCACUGGAAACUAUUCCAACCCGCCAUUCUCCAAUAAGAUGCCAUUCCUUCCCAAACUCAAGUUCUAAGGAUCCAAAUGCUUCAGUGAUUUUCAGUGUAUGCGGUUCUAAUAAUUCCUUUUCUCUAAUGCUUAGCUCUAUGAUUAUUUAAAAUGAAGAUCAGUAAGUAGUCAUAGGUUAUCAUUUUGAUAUCACUCUUAAACACUCAUUAGAUUAAUAUCAUUUUCAUUUAUUUUAUUUUUGCCAUUGUGUGAGUCGGAUAAUUGUUUAUGAGGAUUGCUAUUAUGAGGCAUGUUUCAAGCAAACUAUUCAUUUUUUUUAUUGUGAUGGAAAUUUUAUUAAAAAGGGAAGCCACAAAAAAGAAAAGGCUCGAAAAGGAUUUCCUUCCUUUUACAAGCGAAUG